AUGCCGCACGCCGCCAUCAGGAAGGUCAACAUGAUCGCCAGGAUCGUCCGCCUGAGGCAAUUCGUCCGCCGCUGGAGAAUCAAGAGCCGCCGCUCCGACGGCGGCCAUCGAACCCCCUCCGGCUCGCUCGCCGUCUACGUCGGCUCGGAUCGCGUCCGGUUCGUCAUCCCGACCCGGUUCCUCAACCUCCCUGUCUUCGUCGACCUCCUCCACGAGGCGGAGGAAGAGUUCGGUUUUCAGUCGACCGGCGGCCUGGUCCUACCCUGCGAACCGGGUUUUUUCCGAGAAGUAGUCCGGCUUCUCGAGGAAGACGAAGAAGCCUUCUGCGGGAUGGGGCUAAACGAGUUCCUCAACGUCGCUCCGGAGCUCCGCCUCAAGCCGUUGGAUCAAUCGCCCUGCAGAGAAUCCUCGCCGUCCGUUUCCUUCAGCCCGUUUCUGCCCAAUGCAAGGGUUUGA